UUCUCUUCCUGUGAUAUGGAAGUCGUCCGCUCACGAUGAUGGUUGUUUCUGCAGUCGUAACAAAGCAGUGUGCGAAGAAAUAUUUUCACGUAAUGAGAAGGUAUAGGUUAUUACAUUCAUGUACCUUAAUUGAUACGAAGUGGGUGGUAAUACUAGUAAUUCUGAAAUUCAUAUGUGCCUCAAAAGCAGAAGAGGAAUGUUUGUUUUCCAAGAUUUCGUGUUACGAAUGUGACUCAAGGAUUGAUUCACGUUGUAAAGAUCCCUUCAACUACACAGCUCGUCAGAAAGACCUCCCUCCUCUUCAUGAAUGUGAAGGAUGUUGUGUCAAGAUAGUGACAGAUAAUAGAACUCCCCACGAAGUUAUCCAGAGAACGUGUACAGCGAAACUCCAGAUCAACCUGUUUCUUGUGGACCACGUGUGUAUGAGUGAAUCAGACUACUCUGGUUUCAUGUGCUUCUGUGAAUCUGACAAUUGUAAUUCAGCUCCACAUCAAAUUAGAAUGAAUAAUUAUCUACUUUUUGCAUUUUUAUUUUGCCUUUUCUACCACACAAUGCUGUGAUAGACACUUUAGAAUAUAGGUUUUUUUUUCACUAGCUAUAAAAAAACCUUCCACGUAGGCAUUCAAAAACUAGACAUUCAGCUGUGUGGACUUUCUUUUAGAAAUUAUGAGAACAGCUCAAGUUAUGCAUUAGAUGACUACUGGAACAAUCAAUGAUAACUAUUGGAACUCGGAGAUAGGAAAUCGUAGCUCAUGAUGUUUUAAGCUCAACCUUUCAGAAAACAAUCUUACAGUGCCAACUUUAUGAAUUUUGAAAAUGGCGCCCAUUUACCCUGGGGUAACGUAAGAUGUGCCACCCAAGUAGAUGUCAUCAGUGAUAAAAACUUUGUGAAGAAUCUCAUGAUCAUUCUUGGGCCUAGUGGUUAGCAUGUUGGAUAUUGGACCAGAAGGUCCAAGGUUCGCACUGCGAAACUGCUGAAAAUUCUCCACACUUUCAACUGUGGAUACGUUAUAAGAGUGACGGUCAAUUAAAAAGUUUCUUCCAUCAAAAAUUACGAAACUUAUUCCUAUUUAUACCAUGUAUUUUGGCCAUAUAAAAGAUUUAUCCAGCUCAUUUAUGUUCAUUUAAUUUAUGAAAAGGUUUUUCUUUUUUUAAUAUCUCGGUAUUAGAACAUUUGUAAAAUAUACAGUUACUAAUUAAUUCAAAAUUCUUUGAAUUUGUAUUUGACUUAAAUUGUAUAUAUAAAAAGAACUGAUUCAUUCAGCAUCAUAUUAGCUUUUAUGAAAGAAAAAGUGGUUAAAUCAGAUAAGAUUUAUUUUGUUGUAGUUUACAAAUAAGUUAUAUUGAUGGACCCAGCAUGGCCAGGUGGUUAAGAUGCUCGACUCACAAUCUCAGGGUCGCGGGUGCGAUUCCCCAUCCCACCAAACAUGCUCGUCCUUUCAGCUGUGCGAGCAUUAGAAUGUGGUGGUCAAUCCCACUAUUCAUUAGUAAAAGAGUAGCCCAAGAGUUGGCGGUGUGUGGUGUUGACUAGCUGCCGUCCCACUAGUCUUACACUGCUAAAUUAGGGACGGCUAGCGCAGAUAGCCCUCGUGUAGCUUUGCGCGAAAUUCAAAACAAACAAACAGUUAUAUCAAGGCUUAUGAUAUUAGUGUGCAUAAAAUCAACUGCUAAUUAUAAUUAUUGCUUUAUUUAGGUAAUUUUUACCGAUUUUUAUUUUACAAGAUUUGUUAAAGUAGCAUUGAUAGAUUUGAAGUUUUUAUGGCCUGCAUCUUCUUGGAGUAGCAGCAAAAAAGUCCCAAAUGCCAUCCACUCCUUCUCUUAAAGAGAUGCUUUUAUCCAAUAAAAUCUUCUUUGCCUAGAACUCUUCUUAAAAGCAUAGCAUUUUGACUUAUAAGUAGAAAUGAGUUAUCACUUUGACUUAAACGUGUUUAACAUAAUGAAUAUAUUUUCUGCAUAAAGUUUUAAUUACCGUUACCGAUCAAUGUUUGAAUUCACGUUUUUUUCAAAAAAUCAUUAGACUGUGAAGUUUAGUUUUCCAGAAGAUAACAUCAUCUACUGGUGUAAUUUUUUACUUUGAAAAAGUUUGCUCUUAAGAUCAUGAACCAGAAAUAAAUGAAAAAUUAUAUAUUUCUAAAAGUAGUCAUAUCUUGUAAUUUAUAGAAGAGAAAGCAGUUAUUUACCUAACUAUACGUUUUGUACAAAAAUUCGUUUCUCUUAGUUUUCCAUACUAAGGGAUAUUGUUUCAGUUAUAUCAAAUUUUCUUGGUUGUAGUGAAAAUAUCUUGUGUCUCUAUACCUAUUAUCUGUUAAGGCAUACAGUUACACAUAUACGGUAGCGAAAUGUUUGUUCUUCAAAAAUAGGUGUAUACUUGAGUACCGCUACAAAUGUUUUAUAAAUUUACAGCAUGAAAGUUUGAACUGUUCUGUAAACAAGUUUUAAAAUUACACCAAUGACAUGUAUACCUUUUCGAAAAUAAAAUUCGUACAAUUCACCCUUCA